CCCACACCCUUACCCCAAUUGGCUCUCCUUAUCCCGUCCUUCCUCUCCGUCCCGGUGUGCCUCCCAUCCAUCCUAUUCUGUCUGCAGCUGAGCAUCCAGGCGAGGUCGGAGGUGAUAAAGCGAGCCACCAAAGCCCUGCGCCAGCUGGGCGAGAAGAGCAGGAAGAGAGGCGGCGAUGGCAGCGGGGAGCUUCUACGGAAGGACCCAGCCGAGAUGACUUUUGAUGAGGCUCUGACGCACCUGCGGCAGUCGCAGGCCCACCUGGACACCCUGAGCCACCCCUUCAUUCUGUCCCUCAAAGACUGCCAGCAGAGGUACGAUCAACUUUAUGAUUUGUCCCGAUCCGAGAGGUCAAAAGUACAUGAGCUGGCAGUCACCAUGGCAACUGAUGGACAGCCCCUGGAUCGCGUUGGAGAGCUUCUGCGUGUGGCUGUUGGACCCAUGGAGCUGUCUGUGAAAACGGUGCUCGGUGACGCCAUGGAGCGAGUAGUGGCUGCACUCAGUGGAGACCUGGACGCCCUGACAAAUUACCCACAACCCCUCAGGGUCCUGGAGGCCAUGGUGACCGCGGUGCACAAUAAUGUGCAGAGUGGUGACAGCGCGGUGACCUCGGAUGACCUCCUGGCGUGGUUGCAUCCGUUCUGCGGCGACGCGGCGCUCCCCGUUCGGCCCCGCAUCGACGUGCUGCAGAUCCUGGAGAGUAACUUCAGCCUCCGGGACAGUGACGUGCGUCUUCUGCUGCUCUACAGAACUCAGGCGGUGCUCAAAGGCAGAGAGGUAACGCGCUGCGCUCGAAAACGCUCAGGCGGCCGCGGCUCAUCAGCCCCACUCGAAGAGUCGGCCGGCAUGCGUUACUUGAGAAACAACUUUACAACACUGCCACUUGAUUCGAUGGGAGCCAGAGAUGGAUCUUUUUUUUUUUCUCGUUUUCUUCUCUCCGAGGCCGUAACAUCAAACGCUGGGUCGUAGGUUUUGAAGAGAUACUCAAGAUUGAGGCUAAAGGGAAGAGACAAGUGGACGGAGAAACGGGUAGAAGCGUAGAGGUGAUUAUUUUGUAAGAGGAUGGAUAAGUGGCCCCACACUCCCAUCUAGACGCAGUAAUGUAAUGACAUAUACAUUCCCAUCAUGUAACAUCAUGGGCUCUGAGCUGUAAAGGAGGUGGUGGCUCUGCCUGCCGACCACCCGUCUCCCCGGUGUCACCAACCAUCCAGCGUCAUUAAGUUUCUUGACUGACUAAUUAAAGGCCCCAAGCCUGGUCAAUUAAUGUGUAAAUGCAUGCGCGCAGCCGCAGGGCCAUUGUCAGUGCAGGUAGACAGGUGUGUGUGUGUGUGUGUGUGUGUGUGG